GUGCUCCUCAUAAACAAGACGACUGAAGACUUCCAUAAAUUUUCAGAGACAAAAUAAAAAUUGAAUCAUGUAAAACUUUAAAUACUUUAAUUGUGUAUUAUCAAUUGAGUGAUGAUGUGUCUAUGGCAAGUUGUUUUUCCACAUCGGAAACUAAUUAUUCACUGCUUUCAUUCAGUUCUCGGGUAACUUGAUUUGAUUGUUCGCAAUACUGAGUUGGGAUGUUGCGGUUGACUUUUGUUUUGAUAUUUUUAUCACCCAUAGUUGUUUCACAUACUACGGUUGACAGAUUAGUUUGCCGAAGUGCUGUCUCUGCACAAAAGCAUAAUGUUCUUCCUGAAUGUAUUGGUGAAUGGAAGAAGUACCCAUGGUCGCAGUUUAGAAUAGAUAAUUCUUCCGAAUGCACGGAUUGCCGGUUAAUCUCACCCUAUGUGUGGGAUUACAAGAUUGAGCCACUGCUUUGUGCUACUGGUGUUAAAAAUGAAGAGUGCAAAAAUAUAAUCAACGCUUUAUCCCAACUGAAAUAUAUCAAGAAUCGCAAUAACGUUUUGUGUAACAUCCUUACGCUUUGUGAUUCUCAUACAUACAUCAAAGAUCUAAAUUUCGGCGUUCCACUCUGUGAUGAUUGUAAACGAUUGGUCAAUGAUAUGCAAAAGCUUAUUGAAGACAAUUCAACUGCUGCACAGAUUGAAGCACAGCUUGAUGAAUUAGUCUGCAAUAAUCUUCCAGGUGAAAUAAUUCCAUACUGCAAAAAUUUGGUAAAUGUCCACGUUCCAUAUGUCCUGCAUAUCAUUUCAGAAAAGAUGAGUCCUGAAGAGAUCUGUGCAACGCUGGGACUUUGCGUAAGUGUGAAGACAAAAUUCACACUGGCCAACUUCAUGACUAAUAAAGGAAAGAAAUGUAAUGAAGAUAGAAAAUUUUCAUGGAUAAGACGCCCAAUGGGUAGUGUCGGUCAUAAAUGGACUUCAUACAAAUCUCAAGAAACUCCAACCUGUCCAAACUGUUUAUCAGUACUGAGUCAAUUCAAGAUAGGUGUUGAGAACCCAACUAUACAAGAACGCUUAAAGGAAUUGAUUGAUGAAAAGGUUUGCACACAUAUGGGCUUCUUUGCCGCCGCUUGUAAAGAAGCGAUAGAAUAUAACUUUGGUCAAAUAAUCAAUGGUAUGAAAGAGGUGGACCCUAAAGAGAUGUGUAGUUUGUUUGGAAUGUGUACAUGUGAAUACAAUAAUAUACCUGGUGAUACAAUGUUACCAUCGUUGUCUACAUCACAGGAUAUUCCCGGUGUUUGUCAUUUAUGUACUCUAUUGGUCAAAAAGAUAUUUGAACUAACUAUUGGUAAUCAAACCGAAGCUGCAAUUGUGUUAGCUAUGGAGACCGUCUGUGAAUAUCUACCAUCUGAUUACGAUACACAGUGUGAGAACUUUGUCGAAAAAUACGGAGCGAAAAUUGUUAGUGCUAUUAUUGACGGCACUGCUCCUGAGCUAAUAUGUGGAAGUAUAGGAUUGUGUGCUUCACCCAUACAUCAGAAGGUAGGGCUACCAUCAUCAUCACAGUCACUACCACCACGUCAAGAUCAUCAAGUUCAAACUACUGCAACUCUAUCAUCUGGUAUAGAUGUUUGUUUAACCUGUAAAUUUUUCGUUGAAACACUUUAUGGACAACUUCAAAAUAAUAAAACAGAAGAGGAAUUGAAACAUCUGAUUAAAAAUGCAUGUUCCGUUCUACCUGCUGGCUAUGCAGAUAAAUGUUCCGAAUUGAUUGAUCGUUAUUUCGAUGAUGUCAUUAAACUAAUAGAAAAUAAUUAUACACCAGAGCAGAUAUGUCAAACAAUUUCACUCUGCCAAUCAAUACCAGCUUGGAGUUUAUCCGAACAAAAUCCAUGCCUUUUAGGCUCAACUUAUUGGUGUCGGGAUUACAGUACAGCAAAAAUGUGUAAUGCUGUAAAUUAUUGCAGUUCCAAUGGUUGGAAAACUUAUCCACCAAGUAAUCAGAAUAAAUUAUUUAAAUCACAAUGUGAAUUGAUGAAAUUAACAGAGAUAUGUGUUAAUUCUGAAUUGGCUAAAAAAUGUAAUCGUUUAAAUGAAUGUUAUGAACAACAAGUGAAAAAUUUCUUAAAUUUAUUCAGUAUUUCAACAGUAUCAUUAAAUAAUGACAAAAUUAAUAAAUCACCAUGUUCCGUGUGUGUUGUUAUGACAACUAAAUGGUUGUUACAAUGGGAUUUAUUUGGUGGACCAAUUAUUAAUCGCAGUAUAUGCGCUGAAUACAAAACUAAAAAUGAAUUACAGCAGUGCUAUGAUGUGGUUGAAAAGGCUGGAGUGCUAUUGAUUCGUUCAAGGAGUGAUCGUAAUAAUGUCGAACAAAUAUGUGCUCGUACAAUCAACUGUGCUUCAGUGAAAGAUGGUGAAAAUGAACAAUUCUCUGAAACAAUAGAUCAGUCUGUAAAUGAAAAUCCAGACAAAUUAAGUCCAUUAGCUUUAUAUGAUUUUGAUAAAAUUGCUUGUUUAUGGGGUCCUACUUAUUGGUGCUCAUCAAAAGAGACGGCUAGAAAAUGUAAUGCAACAAAUUAUUGUACAGCAACUUAUUGGCCCGAAAUUAACACUAAUGGCAUUGAUAUUGAUAGUAAAGAUAAUAAUAUUAUUGACAGUCAUGCUACUACAACGUCAUUAUCAACGCCAAUUGAGAAAACUAAAUCUGAACAUUUAUUAGGUAUAAAACCAUGUUCAUGGGGGCCAUCUUAUUGGUGUCAAUCAAAAGAAAUUGCUAAAAUAUGCGGUAAUGCAGCCUUAGUGCAUUGUGAAACUAAGGUAUGGAUUACUUUAUCAGAUUCAAGGAAAUCAUCACAUAAGAUAACUUCUAAACUUGAUAAUAGAUGUACACAUGGUCCAUCGUUUUGGUGUGCAUCAUUUGAAAAUGCUAAAUUAUGCGGUGAACAUGCAGAAUGGCAUUGUAUGAAUGUAGUUUGGUCAAAUAUACAUAAAUUCAAAUCUAAUUCUAUCAAUCCAUAAUUGAAUAAUGAUCAAUCUUAAUUUUUACUGCCUAGAGGACAUUUUUGUGUUUCCCCUUCUCAUUUGAACUCAUUCAUUUAUACUUCAUCUGGUCUCUGUAUUUGUGUUUGUGCCUAUUCAUCUGUUGUUUGUUAAUGUGUUUUCUACAAAUUUAUCUUUUUGAAGAACAAUCUGAAUUCAUUGACUUUUUUUUAUUUCUCUCUGUUGGAAUAAAAUAUGAACAACAUUUUGAUUUUACAUUGCUCAAAAGUCAUUUACAUUAAUGUCUCAUUUUUAUUAGAUGUACUGUUUGAUUAAAAGUUUACUAUUCAAUUUAUACAGUUUUGCGUUAUUUUUUUGAAAUUUCCUAAUUUGUGAUAUUGAUAAACGGAAGAAGUGUCUAACAUGACUAACUUCACUGCAGUAAUGUGCCUGGCAAGAAAUACGAAAGUUCAGUUGCAAGUGAAAUCUAAAGGGAAUAAUGCCGAUGAAUUGAGAUGCUAUAAGGAAUAUAAGAACGGUCGCUUACACCAUGUAAAAAUACGUCUUUGG